AUGGAAUCUAACCUUGAGCCCUCAACCUUGACCAUUCAAGUUCGCCAUGCAUCGAAAAUUAUCCUGACGCCGCCCCAACAUUCCGAUGGGCCUGCCGUUCUGCUCGCUCUCAAUGAUCCUCGCGUCUACACGAAACUCAACGGUCCUCCAUACCCGUACCAGGAGAAGGACUGGGAAGAAUGGUAUCCCACAAUCUCGAACGCUUCAGCGAGCGCGCUGGAGGAUUUUAAAGUCGCUCAAGAAGAGAGGACUCGAUACGGGUCGGCAACGAAAGGGGUGGGCAGGACUAUGUGGCCGUUUUCGAUCAGGCAGGUUACCCAGCCAAAUAAUUCAGGCGGAGAAGAACAGAGAUGGAUCGGUGAGAUCUCGAUCCAGAGAGGCAGUUUUCUCUACAUUGUAGAGGAAGAUGAGAGGGAGAAACGAAAAGAGCAGAAUGACAGCCUCGAACCUGGAGAUCCACGAAUUAUCUGGGAGAUUGGCUUCUAUCUCAUCCCCGAAUAUCAUGGCCGCGGUAUCAUGCCGGCCGUCCUCCAGACGCUGAUGCACAGAUUAUUCGUUCCGUAUAUGAAUGCCAAGACUAUCCGGGCGACAUACUUCGAGUACAACUCUGCUAGUCGGCGAGUUUUUGAAAAGUGUGGCUUUCACUUCUUAAUGUUUGUACCGGAUGCGAUUACUCUGUCGAAGACAAAGACUGGGGAUCACACGCCAAGGAAGUUGGGGUUAGGGGUCAUGGAGUGGACACAGGAUACCUGA